AUGUUCCCAGGAGACGGUGAGACAGGAAUUAGAGAACUCCAGGACAUGCUGAUGGAUCCUAAUAUUGAGGCUGCGGUUCGCCAAGGGGAUAUUUAUGCCACAAUAAUUGAAUAUUACGUUUCCAAUAACAAUUUCAAGUCUGCUGUCAGUUCAUUGCAAGAUAUGAAGAAUAGGUUGCCAAAGGCCAACCCCAGUUACUACAUUGAUGCCCAAGCUCUCCAGUCAAUUGCCAGAGCAACAGGAGUCAAUGUUGGAGGAAUAGAAAAUGGAAUUGAGGAAGGAGGAAGCGAAGAUGAAGGAAAUGCAAGCGAGGAAGAAGUGGUCGAGGAAGAUGAGGAAGAUAUUAGACCACAGCGUCAUUUUGCCCUGAACGGGUCCGCAAAGUUCCUGUAAUCAAGUGGCCAUUAUUUAAGCCUUGAUAUUUAAGAUUAUUAAA